AUGGAUUCGCCCGAGUCCAUCGUGUCCUCUCUGGACCCAGAAGACAACGAGGUCCACUUUUGCAAAAAGUGCUCCAAGAUACUAGAAGAAGGAAGAGCCUACGAGCUAGGAGGAAACAGAUGGCAUGUUGAAUGCUUCCGAUGUUCGUCAUGUGACUCGCUACUUGACGGAGACACCAACUUGCUGGUGCUCGGAAACGGGUCGCUGAUCUGCGCCAAUUGCUCCUACCACUGCUACGGCUGCGGCAAAAAAAUCGAUGAUCUGGCGAUUCUCACCGGCGACCAGGCAUUUUGCUCGUCGUGCUUCUGCUGUCGCAACUGCAAAAAGAAGAUUGAAGACCUGCGCUACGCCCGCACGUCCCAGGGAAUCUUCUGUAUGACCUGCCACGAGGCGUUACUGGCCAAGAAACGUAAACAAAAGGCCGCCCGUCGCGAACGCGAAGCCCGCGAGCGAGAGGCCCUAAUGAACCCCUCCCACCGCGACUCGGUCGACUCAAAGCAUUCGGACUACACCAUCCCCAUCACGGCGCCCCAGCUACACAGAACAGGCACCGACGAGUCUGUGCGGUCACACAGGCACUCGUUCCGACCAUCCAUACAGCGCAACAACUCGUCGUUCAAGGACAAGGACCUGCCUCAACUGCCUCCCAAAGACAAUUCCUCUUCACCUGUUCCCACCGUUGCUGGCGCAAACAUUUCGCGCGACUCGACGCCUUUCGAAAACACAUCUCAUAACAACAUGAAGGAGGAGACUCGACCACCACCAAAACCGCGACAGGAUUCGCUUCAAAACCUCCACAAUCUCAAAAACACCACAUCACAAGAGUCUAUGCGGCACCAGUCAUAUAUCCAGGAGAUUCCUCUAGGUCUGGGCGACUUGGAGGAGUCCGAGAAACGACUGUCGGCCAUCUCAAACUCCACUAUGCCGUUUUUGACGCCCACUUCUGGAGGCUCAGACAAAGACCAAUCGCCACAGUUCGAGGACGCAGUUCGAGCCCAACCUGGUCACGAACCUCUGGUGGACAGCUCCUCUGCCGUUUCCACACCUCCUUCGACCCACCACUACUCGCCCCGACACUCGCUCAGAGACGACAUGCAUACACAAAAGUCGUCUUCUGUGGCUAAACAACCCACCGAGAGCGACAAGGAAAACCAGUCCCCCAUUGGUGAGGGCGAGGGAUUCAUCAGUAUUGGAUCCGAGGGUAUUCAUAGCAAAGAGAAGGAGUCCAAGGAGGGAACUGUUGUUGAAUGUCAACACGAGGAGUCCGAGACAACCGACCCUUCUCGAGAGACGUCUUCAGAAGCUACCGUCUCCAGCUCUGUCGCCUCGUCCCCGUCUCCUCAGCGCGACGAGGUUGAGAGCAACGUUUCUACCAGAUCCACCGACUCGGGCAUCACCGUCACGCCCAAGAUAUCGCCCACGAAGGCGCCCCAGGGUGCUUCUGCCACUCCCCAGAAUCAGCACCUGCAACCUGAAGAGGAGGAGCGAAGUCGCCAUAGGGCUCUGUCACACGCUCUGCACGGCACUCUUAUGCCCACUGCACAGCAGCAGCAUCAGCAGCAGACGCCGCAGAUGUGGCAGGGAGAGGUCCCUGAACGGUCUCAUCGACGAGGCCAGUCUCCCCGACCUUCCGGAGAGCACACUCGAGGCAGCCUUGACUCGGGAAGCAGCGGUAACACAAACAAGAACCUGACUCCCGAACCCUCCAAGCACGGCGUAGCUGCCCCCUUCUCUCCCUUGUCUCCUCGACACGACGCUCAUACAAACUCGGCCAACAGGUCCCAGCAGAUUGUGCUGGACGACGGCGAGGAGAUUGACGCGGCGCUCUAUGCUAACAACAACUAUGACUCGCCGGUGCCACAUACCCCUCAGAAGCGAGAUCGUCUGGGCUCUUCGUCGAGCACACAUUCUCGGGCAGGCAGCGUGUUCCACAAGAAUGUCGGCAAUGCAACUCCAGGAACCCCCGGUCGAACUGCCGCAAACGCUGCUCCUAACCAUUCCAUGGUGACUCCCUCUCGAUCCUCUCCCUGGCAUCGAAGAACGGACUCCAAUGGAGGAGCCAACAAGGACCGGCUCAAGACGCCUGACAUUUCGCUGCCCAUCCUGCAGGCUUCUUCUGCCAUUGAUUUUGACUCCGAGCUGACCGGCAUGAUCUCCAACCCACUGCCGUUCAAUCAGGGCCACCACCAGAGCCAGCACUCGCCUCUGCAGAAAACUAUAACUUCGCCUACGUCGUCUCUGGGCCACCAGAGAAGCAUUUCAGAUUCGCAUCAGUCGCCGCGGUACCCGCCCUCUGCUGACCGACGACCUAGUGUUUCGGACGACGCUUCGGUCACCACUGCACUGCGAAACGAGCUGGUUGCUGCUCAAAAACGCAUUGCUGAGCUGGAACGACAGCUUCAAUCAGGCCCUUCGCAGCCCGCAACUUCUGCAGCUGACGACGACUCUACUUUGUCGGAGAAGCGAAAGACUAUUGCGGUUCUGCACGCCCAGGGAGAAGUUGCGCGACGAGAGCUGGCGUCUCUCAAGGAGGCCAAGGGCCAUGACGACCCUCAGGCCAUGAUUGAGGAGUUUACCGCCCAAAUGGCGAUUCUAAAGACGCAGCUGCAGGACGAGAUUGCCACCCUGUCUGUGGCAAAGGAGGCACUGGCUGUGGAAGUGGAGGAUCUGAGCCGGCGAAAGAAGGAGGCUUGUGAAGAGAUGACGAUUCUCAACGUCAAGAAUUCCCAGCUGACUGACCUCAAUAAUGAGCUCACCAACAACCUCAUUGACAAGUACCAUCCCACGCAUGGCUCCGCGAUGAUGAACAGCACCAGCGCGAGCAAGUCUGCCGGUGGAAACCUUUUCGGAUUCAAGAAGGAUUCUAACAGAUCGACUCCUCCUGUUCCUGCUCCUGCUCCCGCUCCUCGAGAGGAAGGGGGACUCAGCCACAUUGGCAACCUCAUUGUGCAGGCUUACCAUCCUGAUGAGUACACCAACGGUCCUCCCGGCAGCUCUGUGGAGCGGGUUCCUGUCACGUCUGGUUCUGCUUCUUCUUCUUCAAACCACCUACCUGCUGGUGGACAUACUCCUGCGGUGACAAAUCUGGACGACCACGAGGAGCCUACUGUGACUGUCCUUGAGGCUGGCCAAGUGGUGGACACGAAGCGAGACCGACAAACGGCUCGACGGUUCUGGAAGCGACCCAAGGCUGCCGUUACCAAGGGUGCCGUCAAGGGCUUCACCAAGGUGUUUGAGCAGCCUCAUACCAGCGAGCACCCUGCCGUAACCAACCUGGAGCCCUCAGCUCUGUCUCCCUCGUCGUCGGGUCAGCACGAGAGCGGUGGCCUGUCCCACUCAACCUCGGUUAACACGGGUCUGAACAUUUCGUUUCCGUCUGGCAAACCAACGAAAACUAGAAACGGCUGGUUCAAGGGCGGAAGCAGUGGAAACAACAGCUCCAACACCACCAACACUGCUACUAUUGCACAGAGUGCCUCCGGUGCGGUAAGUUCUCCUCCUGACUCCGAAGUCAGCAGUCUGCUCAAGGUGUCCAUCACCCGACGAUGUCAGAUUGAGGGCAACAAGGUGCCAGCCAUUGUGACCAAGUGCAUUGAGGAGGUGGAGCGACGAGGCAUGCUUCAGGAGGGUAUCUACAGGAAGUCUGGUGCCCGAACACAGAUUGAGCAGAUUGAAGCUCGGUUCGAACAUUACGACGAGCGGGCCAACUACGAGGAGAUUCUCAGCGGCGACAUCAAUGGAGUAGCUUCUGCUCUCAAGCAGUACCUGCGGUAUUUGCCUGAUCCCCUCAUUUCUGCCUCUAGCUAUGACGCCUUCAUCCAGGUGUCUAGUGUUCAUCAGGAUAACAAAGUGAAGGUGGAAAAGAUGCGGGAGGUGUUACAAAAGCUGCCUACAGCUCAUUCGCUAUGUCUGGCUCGACUAUGCACACAUCUCAACCGGGUGACUCAACAUGCCGAGACCAAUCUGAUGAGCAACAAGAACCUGGCCAUGGUGUUUGCCCCAACUUUAGCACGGGCCACGUCCGGCGAACGGGAAAUCGCCGACGUGCAUCACAAGAGUGAUUCAACGUUGUUCAUGAUUGAGCAUUUCAAGGAGUUGUUUUAG